AGCUACCUACUGCAGAUAUUUUACUGCGCAUGUCCGUCAGACGAUUACUUCUCUCCGUUCCCGGUCUCUCUCGGUUCAUUCUUUUGAUAGAUCAAAAGCAGUAGAGACGAAAUAUCGCUGCUCUUGAAGUAUUGAAAAAUCGUUCUUAAUAAUUUCGAAGCUAUAUCGCUGUGCAUAAUAAAGCAGUUUCAUCCCCUCCAGCAAAACAUCCCUAUAAAAGUGGAUAAAGUACAGCCCAUCAAUGGAAGAAAUUAAUAAUAAUAGUCCCAUGUUACCUUUUAAUGGGAAUAUCAUGUUGCCAGCUCCUUUGAAAUGGCUCAACAUUGUUGCUAUCUACCUCAUGAAUCAGCUUGAUACUUAAAUAGUAUCCAGGGGCAUUAUUGUUCCUUUGCAUAGAAAAGACUGUUGUCAAUUCUUCAAUCCUGUCUUUGCAAACUGUUUUACUUUAUCAACAUUCUGUAGGAAAUUCCAGUGAUAGGUUUUGAAGAAAAUCAUCAUUACUUAAUUCAGUUUUCUGUUUUUCUAUCAAGCAGGGUGAUAAUUAUUUAAUCUUCGCAAAAUGACUGUCACAUAUUCAUUAAACGUCAGCAAGGCCCGACUGUGCGGGUUUGCUAAAUUAUUAUUAAGGUGGCGAGGGAGUAUUUACAAGCUGCUCUAUCGUGAAAUGGUCAUCUUCUGUGGACUGUACUACAGUUUGAGUGCUCUAUACAGAUAUGUUUUUACAGAGAACCAAAGAACGGUAUUUGAAAAACUCACCAUAUAUUGUGAAGCAUUCACAAAUUUGAUCCCAUUGUCAUUUGUUCUGGGUUUUUAUGUAUCAAUAGUCGUAGGGAGAUGGUGGCAACAAUACUUAGCGAUUCCAUGGCCUGACAAAGUCUCCAUGCUGAUUGCAGCCUAUGUGCAUGGUUCAGAUGAAAGAGGAAAGAUGAUUCGAAGAACUUUAGCCCGCUAUUUGAAUCUUUUAAGUGUUUUAACAUUCCAGUCUGUCAGUACAUCAGUGAAAAAACGAUUUCCCACUCUUGAUCACGUGGAAGAAUCUGGUCUUAUGACCAAAGAGGAAAGAAGAGUCUAUGAUGAAAUUCAAGUGACUCAUGGUAAAUGGUGGGUUCCAGCACAAUGGUUUUCGGCUCUUGCUGCAAGAGCUAGGAAAGAAGGGCGUAUCAAAGAUGAUGUGCUUCUUCAAGCAUUGUUAGAUGAGAUGCAUGUCUUCCGUGGAAACUGUGGGAUGCUUUUUAGCUAUGAUUGGGUCAGCAUCCCUUUGGUAUAUACACAGGUGGUUACAUUGGCUAUUUACACAUACUUUUUGGCAACAGUUAUGGGGAGACAAUAUUUGGAUCCUGAAAAAGGCUAUCCUGGCCAUGAAGUGGAUUUAUAUAUUCCAAUAUUUACAAUAUUGCAGUUUUUCUUUUACAUGGGGUGGUUAAAGGUUGCAGAACAACUCAUUAAUCCAUUUGGGGAAGAUGAUGAUGAUUUUGAAUUAAAUUGGUGUCUUGACAGGAAUUUGCAGGUUUCAUUUAUGAUUGUGGAUGAAAUGCAUCAUAAACAUCCACGUUUGGUGAAGGAUAUGUACUGGGAUGAACUUGAGCCACAGCUGCCAUAUACUAAGUCCUCAUUUAUGUUGAGAACACAGCCUCAUCUCGGAUCAGCUGUCAAUUUAGACAUUGAUCCUGAAGAAUGUGAAUUUUUGCCGAUGGAGACUAUAUUGGAGGAAGACAAUGACGACAACAACUAUAACAGUCCACCUCAAAGUCCAACAAAUGAAUUGUCUCCUGCAUUCAGAUCAAUCGCCGGCAGUAAAAUAAACGUAAAUGGGGAUGGUGAUAAUACUUCUCAGUCAGGUUUAAACUUCUUAAGCAAUUUCCCUGGAUCCAAGCUUCUCAACAUGAUUAUUGGAUCUAGCACUGAGAAUGUUCCUGGUACACCCAAAAAGGAAGGUAGCAUCUUUUCUGGUUUUACUCUCAAAACACCAAAUCGAAGAUCAAUUACCAGUUCCAUUGCUGACAGUCUGCAUGACCAGUGUCUGGAUGGAAGACGUGAUGCGGGGGAACCUCUAAUUCCGACCCGCGCAGGCACACCCAUUCAUAUGGAGCAGCGCGAAGAUUUUCGACAUGUUGUCCUAGAUAUCCCAGAUUCUUCUACUCCCUUGGAUUCUGGACAGGCCACUCCUGCGACUAUUAUUGAAUACAACCGUCGCCAUGAUAUUGGCAAUCAUGCUGCCAAUGUUUUAAAUCAAGUGGCCCACGCUGUUGUCGAUGUACCGAAUGACCCAAUCAGCCCCACGUCACCAACGGGAGAAGUCGAGCAGUCUCCGUUUGAGCCAAACUCUUCCCAGGAGAGUUUGGGUCCUUUCAUGGACAGCAACCAAAGCACAGUUAGCAGCUAUGCUGAGCUUCUAAAACAUCCAAAGUAAAUUUAGAUUUUUUUCGGUGCUCAGAAGCGACAUGCUGGUGAUAUAUAAUAUCUUGAAAAGUUCUUUUUUAUUCUAUGUAUUAUUUUUCUGUUAUUGUUUUUAUUUUGAUGGCAGCAUAGUCUGAUGAAAAUGAGCAUGGCCUCAAAUGGUUAAUUGAGUUUAAAAUAUAGUAGUUGAUUGAAAUUAAGUGAACUGAAGCAUAUUAUAUUUUUAAUCCAAUAUGUCUGUUAAAAUGAAAAAAAAACUAUGAAUUCAGUAUUUUUUUUAUUCAUUUUAUAUCUUCAUGAAUAUAAAUAAAAUAAUAUUGACCUUAUUUUUUUAAUUUAAAAUCUUUCUACAUUUUUUGGCCUAUCCUAGGACUUAAUGAUCUCAUUUUAAUAUGGAAUUGUUUUAAUUAUGCUUACAAAUUAUUCAAGAAGAUAUUGAUUUUAUAUUUAAAAAAUUAUACUUUACCUUUUUAUCCUCAUCGCACUAUGCUGCACGAGUAUUAAGUAUUUUCUUCAACGGCCAAUCUAUGCCUGUGAUUUAUGCAUUUGAAUAUUGAUUUUUUUUCAUAUUUUGUUUUUGACUUCUGGAAUCUGAGAUAGCAUUUUUAUUUUAUAUAUUCCAUACCACUGUCAUAUUAAUGUAUCUGAUUUUGCUUUCUAACGUUUGAGAUAUUUCUUACAUAUGUAUUAGAUCUGAUGUUUUUCAAAAAUUUUCAUAUGACUUUUGAGUGGCAUUUACACUCCUAACUUUUAUUGUUCAGAUUCUUGCAUUUGAUGUAUGUGUUUCAAGUUAUUUUCAUUUUACACUCAACUUCUCAACUUGCUAUUAAAAUAUUCUUGAGCCACAACAAUUACAUAUCCAAACUUUCUAGUAGUGUUUGCAAUAGUAAUAUUUAAUUUUGCUGUGAUUUUUUUUGACAAUUUUUUUUAAAUAAUGGCUUGCACUAUUGCAAUACUUUGCCAUGUAAGUACAGUCAAUGCAUGCUUUAAGAAUAUUAAGCGCCAUGCUUGCAAAAUGAGGUACAAUUCCUGUUAUCUUUUUAUCAAGAUAUCAUUUUAAAGAUAAUGAUAACAGGUCUAGACUAAUAAAAUAUUUUUGAUCUUAAAUAAUUUUUUAAGAUUUUAAUACUAAAAUGAAAAGUACUUAAAAUGAGUACUUAUCUUUGUAUAAACAAAGCAUGAACAAAAUGAAUACAUUUUAAUUAGGAAAAUAGUUUGAAAUGAUAUACACAUAAAAUUUCUUGGAAAUAAAUAUAUGGGAACUUCCUUUUUGGUACCAUUUUUUGAUAUAGAUCAGAAAGCCAGCAUUAAUUUUAAAAAUAUAUACAAGAAUUUCCGUGCCAAAUAUAGGCUAUUCAUAUAAUUAUUUUCUAAAACUACAAUUUAUAAUUAUUUGAAAAAUGAGAACUUACUAUAAAACGACAGCAUUCAUUUCUGAAAGCAUUGGCUGACUGUACUUUGAUUGUGAAAAAUUGUGAAAAGAAAUGCUAAAUGAUUCACUCUUUUCUAGAUAUUUUAAAUUUUCUUUUACAUUUUAUGUAAUUUUAAUGAAUUUCUUUUAAUUUGUUGCCAGCAUUGAGCAUCAAUGACUAUUUUGCUUCAAUCCUGCCCUACAGUUUUGAAUAAAUUUUACAAUUUUCUUAAUGAUCCUUUGCUUUUAUACAAAGCUAUUAUAUCCGCCACUUCUUAAAUCACUAGAAUGCAGUAAAAAAAUGUCAUUUACAAAAUGACUUUUUGAAACAUGUUUUUAUUUAGAAAAUCAUGACAUCUAAAAUGAAAUUUUUAUGGAUCUUAUUUUAUUUUAAACAUUUUAAUGGGUUUUUGACCCUCUGUUAGAUUAGGUAUAAAGUAGAAUUAGACAUUUGUGACUGUCAGUUUAAAUUGAUUUCCUAAUUGUAGCCUUGUAGCAAGGUACCAAUACCUAACACUGGUAUUUUCUCCAGUUAUGAUUACUUGGUUAAUUUUUCUUUAGAAUUAGCGUGUAGUCUACAUUUUGCCCACUCUUUCUGUAUAUAGAGGUCUGUGAAUUGUCCCUUUAUAUGUUUUUUUCCAGGUAAACAUUUCCAAUUUUGUUACUAUGUUAAUGUUUUUUUUUUUUUUGUAUUUGAAUUAUGUUUUGUAGAAAAGUCAUGCCAUGCAUUUAGUUUAGUUUAAUAGUGCUACUAUUACAUAAUCCUAAUAUUUCAAAUUUGUGCUUUAUUUACAAGUUUCUUUACAUUUUUUAAUCAUUAUGCUAUAAAACUAGAAAUUUGCUUUUAGGUCUUGUCUUUUUAGAAGGUCCAAAUAUAAGUACAUAUUAAAUAAAGGUAACAAAAAUUUUGAAAUAAAAAUUACAACUCAUAUUACUCAAAUAUUUUCAAUAUUAAAUUGCUCAUUUAAAAGUUUAAAUUUCCAAAUUGGAUUUUUAAUCCUGCUGCUUAUGAAAUUAACAAGUAUUGAAAAUUAGUAUUUAGGGAAAACUAUUAAAUCAUUUAAAUUAUGGCAUAUCUUAAGUUAAUGAUUGUCAUUUGCUAUCUUAAUUUAUAUCAUUAAAAAUCACUACGAAUCAAAUUAAAGCAGUGAAUUGUACUUAAAAUUAUCAGUGAAUUCAAGAUGAUUUUUUUGUUACUUAAUUAGAUUAAACUAAAAAUUAUUUAAAUCAUUCUGCUAAUAUGCCUAGUUAUCAGAUAUAAUACAAAAUUUUAUGUUGGCAAUGUAUAUAUUUGUUUCAUGAAAUUAAAAUGCAAAGAGUAGUGGUACUUAUUUUUAAAAAUGAAUUCUAUUUCUUCUUUACAUUGUUUGUGGAGGGCAAUUUACUGUCAUAUGUUUGUACUUUCAUCUAUCUCACUAAUACCUAUUUCAGUAUUUUUGAGUCUGUUACUUAUGAAUUAAUUAAUGGGAGUCUGAUAUAAAACGCAUGCAGGUCUGUGAUACAUUUUGGUACUAUUACGGCAGUAGUCGGUUCAUGUAUUGCUAAGUUUUUGGGAACAAUGUGAAUUCAGGGUGUGGACUUAUUUUUGUAGUUUGUUUUUAUAGGGAAUUAAACUUAUUUUUGUAUGAAACAACUGGUUGAUGAAAGAUGUAUGAUAUUAAAAAAAUAAAUGCUGGUAGAAGAGUACGUAUUUAUGAACAAAAUAAAUUUGUAUUAUUUUUCUUUAGAUAUAAUCUUAUUAAGUGCUUUUUCUUUUGAUUUUGUGAUAUUUUGUAGUUUGUAUAUGUUUGUAUAUUUUUUUUAUCUGUGAAAUAUUUGAAAAUUUGAAAUUAAAAUCUGUAAUGAUAAAGUUUUGUCACAACUUUUUUUAUUUUAUGCAAUUGAAAAAAAUGUAAUUUUUUUUAAUUAAAUCAUUAAUAUUGUGUUUUAAAAACAAGGGUAUUUUAAAAUGUUAUAUUUAGGUGUUAUAUAUAAUGUUUGUUCUAUAAAUUUGACAGGGCUCUGUGAAAUUAGCCUAAUUUAAUUUAUCUAGACUGUGAAAUUUAAAUUCUCCACACCCUGUAGUUUGUAAAAUGUAACUGUGAAGUACUUUCAUAACUUUUUGAUGGCAUAGUUUGGUAUUUUCUUCAGAUAUGAAAUAUUUGUGUGAUUGUAGUCUCGUUUAACAUUUCUUACUUUGAAGUGAAUAUUCUUGUAUCUUAUUGUGCUUGACUAUUGUGCUUCACCUACUAGAUGUAAUAAAUGUUUAUUAUUUAAUCUAA